UCUAGAAGGCAUCCCCCAGCUGGUCCAGACAGUCUUCCAAUUCCAUUCUGAAGCUACCACUCCACCAUUCACUGCGAACAUGUCAGUCCAGUCUUCCUUGGACAUGUCGACCGCCACAGGGAUGAAUGGCUCAUACAGCCAAAACAUCAAUGGUCAGGCUGUGUCGACUGGGAAAAUGCAGGAUGACUUGCUUCAACUCAACCUUGAAAUGAAGAAUCUGAAAUAUGGCAAUGAGUAUGCUGGCUUCCACGGUGACAAACUCAUCGGCGACAAGGUUACUCCGAAAGGAUUCAUUGCGGGCUGGGAGAACUCUGCAGACGAUUUCCGCCGCAUCCUCAGCUUCAAAAAUCUACCGGCAAUUGGAAAGGUUGCAAGCAAACUUCUUGGUGGACUUGGUGUUGAUAUGAAAGCCGGCGCCGGGCUAGUUGCUGCGCUCUCAAAUGAUAGCAACAGAAGACAACAAUUGAUUGAGAGCCAAGUCAAAACUAAAUACGACAAAAUGCUCCACCCUCCACUCACCUACCUUGGGGAUGCGUUCCAGUAUCGCCAAGCAGAUGGCAAGUUCAACAAUGUUUUGAAUCCGCAUCUCGGUCAAGCCGGUGCCCCAUACGCUAAGACGGUGCCUUCAAAGACUCAUCCACUUGGAGCACUUCCGGAUCCGGGUGAUCUGUUCGAUCGCUUGAUGGCAAGACAGGAAGGUGGUCGGGACAGCCAGUCGGGACUGUCUGCCAUGUUGGUCUACCACGCAACUCUUAUCAUACAUGACAUAUUUCGCACCAACGACAAGGACAAGAACAUCUCAGACAGUUCAUCAUAUCUCGACCUCUCUCCGCUUUAUGGAUACACGAUGGAAAUGCAGCGAAAGGUCCGAGAUGAUAAGUACAAACUUGGCCUGUUGAAGCCCGACACAUUUGCUGAAGACCGACUCUUGCGACAGCCGCCUGGUGUUUGUAUCAUGCUCGUCAUGUACAACCGUUACCACAACUACGCUGCAACUCAGCUUCGACGCAUAAAUGAAAAUGGCAGAUUCAGUGUGCCCGGCAAAUAUCAAGGUACGCAGCUUGAAGCAGUGGCAAGACAGUUCGGCAAGGACACCACAGGCGCGGGUUUCGUUGAUGCUUGCAAGAGAUACAACGACGCUUGGAAAGAGUAUCAUGCUAAGCAGCCUCCUCUUGACGCUGACAAGAUCCAAUUAGCCAAGGCAUUGCGCCAGAUUGACCUAGAUGUGCACCUCGACUUUAAGGCAAAGGAGGAGAAGCGCGAAGCUGCACGUAUAGAGGCCGACAAGAGAGCUAAGGCGACCGCUGAGAGCUUUAAGAACUCUGCGGAGAGCCAUCGCUUACAAGAAUGCCAACGAGUCCUCGAAGACUACAUUGCUCAGGGCAAACGCCACACUAACGCAGAACGCAAAGCGUUUGAAGCAGGGUACGACGCAGCCUGGGACAAGCUCGACGACGAUCUAUUCAACACUGCUCGUCUCAUAACAUGCGGUUUGUACGUUCAAGUCUCCGUCCAUGACUAUCUGAGAGCUUUGAUGGGGUUCCAUCAGUACGACACCAACUUCACACUGGAUCCCCGAAUGGAUAUCGACCACAGAAGCGUCUCUCGAGGCAUUGGUAAUCAAGUGACUGUCGAGUUUAAUUUGCUCUAUCGCUUCCAUUGCGCCAUCUCUCAAAAGGACGAAAAAUACACGGAAGAGUUCAUGAGAGAAAAGAUGGGCUUCGAAAAUCCAAAGGACAUACCUCUAGAGAGAUUCAUCAACACAAUGAAGAUUGUCGGCCAGCUUCAGGCAACUCACACAGUCGAGCCUUGGGAGAUCACAUUCGGCCUUGAGCACGAUGAGAAACUCAACUUUCAGCGGAAUCCGAUUACUGGACUUUUCGACGACCAACAAAUGAUGGAUGCACUCACGGCCGCUAUGGACGACCCCAUUUCCAACUUUGGGCCUCGAAAUAUCCCAAAGUGCUUGAAACCUGUGGAAAUCCUGGGUAUCAUGCAGGCUCGCAAAUGGGAAGUGGGCACCCUUAAUGAUUUCCGAGAGUUCUUCGGCAUGUCCAGACACGAAACAUUCGAGAGUGUCACGGGCAACCUCGAGAUUCAGAAUGCGCUGCGGGACUUGUACGAACAUCCAGACAAGAUUGAACUAUACCCCGGAGUGUUUUGUGAGUCAGACAAGAACAUGGGAUUGGAUCCGGGACCCAGCGAUGUCGAUGCAGCUCUCUGGGCCGCGAUUUUCUCUGACGCCAUCACUCUCGUGCGCUCAGAUCGCUUCUACACUGUGGACUGGAACACCAACUCUUUGACAUCUUGGGGCAUGAAGGAGGUCACCGAGGACAACGACGUCUGCAAGAGCUCUGUCUUCCAUCGCCUCCUGCAACGCGCAUUCCCCGGAUGGUUCCCCUACAACUCGGUUCGGUUCUUCCAUCCAUUCUACACCUCACAGCAGAACGCCAGAUUCGCGAAAGAACAGGGAUAUGCGCAUGACUUCAAGAUGUCGAUGGACCCUGUGGGCAUCGACGUAGAAACACAGAACCCCAUCUUCGAUGUGGCUGCCUCCGCGCCUGCGAGACCCUGGAAGCCGGUAUAUUUGACACAAGCUGAUAGGAUCUCUGCCAUCUUAAACGAUGAGACUGCGGACUUCUUGCAUCCUGCGCUGAAGGAGCUGGCAAAUUUCCCAGACCAGAUGCAAGAAAUCUUCGAACAAGGAGUCAGAACGAAGAAACCAAAAGCAGCCAACCCAGCAAAUCGGGUCCGUGAAGACACAGAAGCAAUGAUUGACUACUUUACAGACAUCAUGCGUUACAUCAUCAAGCGGGAGUCCAUCACCAUGAAUAAUACAACGUAUCAGCUCGAUGCCACAAGAGAUUUCGCGAUCCCUGUCACUACCCGAUAUGUUGCUGAUUUCCUGGGUUUCGGUCACCUCAUUCGCAGCGAAAAGAAUUCUAAAGCGCCACAUUCGGAGAACGAGAUCUAUCAACACAUCACGAACUGUCAAGUCUUUUUGUCGUACAACGCCGACGAAACGAAGCUGCUGAAGAGGCGCAAAGCAUUCAAAUCAUCCAUGGAGUUUCUUUACAAUCUGACAUUGAAUGGCAACAUCUACGAAGCAAGCAGAUCGAUGAUCUCCCAGCAGCUUUUCGGACGGAAAAGAGAUAAUUCCAUGACCGAGCUUGGAUUCCAGGUUGCUCAGCAUGUGCUCAAAUAUGAGCAAAGCACCAGCAAGGGUGCAGCAAUCCUUGUGUUCGUAGGACUCCAUGCUGCAUACAAUUCCGUGCUGGCUUUUACGUCUGUUCUCAACCAUUUCCUGAAAGAGAUGUAUGAGCAGGCCAACUUACAGACGGCGUCUUCUGCCCGGCCAGCAUGGCUGCAAAUUCAAGAUCUCGCAUUUAGUGAAGACAAGGAUAGCUUUGAAGUGCUCACGAAGCUCGUCUCAGACGCAGAGAGGACCAGCAUUCGGCUGCCAGUGAUCCGGACAGCACUUGAGGAUCGCGAGUUCCGGGACAAGGAAGGGAAGGUCUGGACAGUGAAGAAAGGGGACACGAUCAUCCUGGACCUUUAUCGGGCAAAUGUCGAGGCAAUAAAAUCUGCCAAAGCAGCAGGCAACCCACCACGCGAUGCAGACUUCUUGAACCACACAUCGAGUGUCACAGACCAAUUCGCAGACUACGACGCGAAGCACCUGGCCGCGAUGAGUGUCACAAGUAUGAUCAAGACUAUUGCUCAGAUGAAGAAUCCGCGCCGCGCCCACGACGCGCAAGGCCGUCUCAAGGAAGUCAACAUCGACGCGUCGGCUGAAGGCUACUCGAACUUCAUGGCGCCCAUGCGCAUGACAAGAAUCUCGCGGCAAGUUGACAUGAUCAAGGAGAACACCGAUGACAUCUACACCGAUAAGAUCCUGCGACCCGCCACAGACACAUUUCUCACUGCAGAGUGGGAUGAAAUGGUUCCGUUUCCCAAUACCUGGAAAAUCCGCUUCGACGGCUUCGGCAAGUCAGAUUACAGUCGAGAUGGAAAACCUUUCGGCGCCCUUCACCAACCUCAGAUCGAUCCCGACGCUCUUGCAGCUCCGCCGUUCUAUCAACCACAAGGUGCAAGCCACGUCGGAGGCUCGUUCGCAGACCUCGCGUGUAUUUGCAAUACGCCUGGCAUGCCGUGUCAUUGUAAAGAGCCUGUUGCUGCCGCCACCGCUGCUGCUCCUGCCCAAGGCCGCCCGAAGGAUGUCAAUGGCGAUGUCGAAGGCGAUGGUAAUGACGAUGUCUAUGGAGCGGGAACCAGAGCUGCAGGGACGAGUGCAGUCACAAGCUCGAUUAAGUCCAAGAUGCCGGCCGAUCUUGAACCGUCCAUUUCGACGGGAUGUGGGAUUGGGAAGUGAGGUGGCGUUACAGAUGCCAGGACUGUCAGCGGGUGAAUAUGCCAUAUGCCAUGGUGUUUGAUUGAGCAAUUACGUGGGUACCUUAGUUUGGCUUCGACUUGAAUUUGGCUUCGGUUUUGCGUGGGACAUAAGGAGAGACUGUUUAUUUUGUCAGGUUGCAUUUGACCAUUCCGAGCCGAU